AUGACUCGAUCCAAUUCUACAAGAGAGUUGGAAUUUGAUCCAAAAAUUGAACGCAGUUUACGAAAGUUGCGAAAAGAGGCACAACAAACAAAUUCAACAUUCCACAGUUCAUCUAGUGACCCGUAUUCAGAAAUAGGAGAAGAGAUGGCAGCUGCUGGCAGAACAUUGAAGGAGUUGGCUGCCUCCAAUUUUAAUCAGCAGCCUUUGUGUAUUCAAUACCCUACUUUAGAUGUUGCUUUUGAACUUAAGUCUGAUCUAAUUCACUUGUUGCCUACAUUCUGUGGUUGUGCAGGUGAAGAUCCAAAUAAACAUCUAAAAGAGUUCCAUAUAGUCUGUUCAAGCAUGAGACCGACAGGGGUGACAGAGGAGCAAGUUAAGUUGAGAGCUUUCCCUUUUUCGUUGGGGGAUGAUGCAAAGGAUUGGCUCUAUUAUUUACCAUCGGGGACAGUCACAACAUGGAACGAGAUGAAAAGGAUGUUUUUAGAAAGAUAUUUCCCAGCAUCUAGAGCUGCCACCAUCAGGAAAGAGAUAUGUGGGAUAAGGCAAUAUAAUGGAGAGACGUUGUAUGAAUAUUGGGAGCGAUUCAAGAAGCUAUGUGUAAGCUAUCCUCACCACCAGAUAAGUGAUCAAUUGCUAAUUCAGUAUCUCUAUGAAGGAUUGCUGCCUAUGGAAAGAAAUAUGAUAGAUGCAGCAAGUGGAGGUGCGUUGGUGGAUAAGACUCUUGAAGCUGCCAAACAGUUAAUCUCAAACAUGGCUGCCAAUUCCCAACAGUUUGGUACAAGACAUGAUGCGCCAACCAAAAAGGUGAAUGAGGUAAGUACAUCUUCCAUUGAAAAACAAUUAUCUGAUAUUACCUCUCUUGUUAGACAAUUGGCUGUCAAUGCAGCAGGAAACUUUCCUGGACCACCGAGGCAACAUGAUCCUUACUCUAACACAUAUAAUCCAGGUUGGAGAGAUCAUCCGAAUUUCAGUUAUGGAGGAAAUAGACAAGUAGGAGGUGGACAUAAUUUCUUCCAGAAUAGACAACAACAAAGUUUUCAACCGAAGCAACCUGCCUCACAGAGUUCAAACUCAUCCCUGGAAGAUAUAGUUAAGUCCCUUGCUUUGAAUACCGAAUAGUUUCAACAAGAUACAAGAUCUAGUAUUCAAAGUCUGGAGAAUCAGAUGGGUCAAAUGGCAACUGCUAUAAGUCGUUUAGAGGCUCAAGUUGGAGGGAAGUUGCCUUCUCAAAUAGUGGUGAAUCCAAAGGAGAAUGUGAAUGCAGUGACGCUAAAAAGUGGCAAGAAAGUGGAAGAACCAAAGCUGAACAUUCCAAGUGUAGCAAAGGAGGCAGAGAUUGAAGAUGAAAUUGAGAAAGAAAAGGCUACAACUGAAUCAAAGGUAAUUCCUAACCCUUCAAUUCAACUUCAGUCUAAUACUUUACCUUUUCCUAGCAGAUUUGCGAAGUCAAAGAAAGAAGAGAAGGAUAAAGAAAUUUUGGAGAUGUUUCGCAAGGUGGAAGUGAAUAUACCUCUAUUGGAUGCAAUUAAACAAGUGCCAAGGUAUGCAAAAUUUCUUAAGGAGCUAUGCACCAAUAAGUGGAAGUUGAACGGUGAUGAGAAGAUAAUAAUGGGAGAAAAUGUGUCAGCAGUUUUCCAAAGAAAACUUCCUUCCAAAUGCAAGGAUCCAGGUAUGUUUACAAUUCCGUGUAAGAUAGGUAACACCAGGAUUGAGAGAGCUAUGUUAGAUUUAAGAGCUUCGAUUAAUGUUAUGCCACGAUCUAUUUAUGCUUCAUUAAAUCUAGGUCCUGUGAAAGAUACUGGUGUUAUUAUCCAAUUGGCUGAUCGCACUAAUGCAUACCCUGAAGGGGUAGUUGAGGAUGUUCUUGUGCAAGUCAAUGAAAUAGUGUUUCUAACUGAUUUCUACAUUCUGGAUAUGGAUGAUUCCUCUUCUCUUGACCCUACACCUAUCUUACUAGGAAGACCAUUCCUAAAUAUAGCUCAGACAGAAAUAGAUGUUAAUGAUGGUACCCUCACGAUGGAAUUUGAUGGUGAAGUAAUUCGUUUUAAUAUUUUUGAUGCCAUGAAAUAUCCAACUGAUGUUCAAUCUAUUUUUGCUAUUGAUGUUGUUGAUCUUGUUGAUUCCAUAGUGCAAGAGGUCUUUGAGUUGAAUAAUGCAGAUGAGUUAGAGGUUGCCCUUCUCAAACAUGUGGAAUCAGAGGAGAAAGGAGAGAUGGAGCUCAGUGAAGAAUUGAAGGAGACAGUGGCAGCUUUACAUUCUUUAAAACCGAUUCCAGAAAGGUAUGGAGUUUCUUUUAUAAAGCUCCCUAAUUCUCACAAAAAAUUAUUGCCUUCUAUUUUAAAGGCCCUUAUACUGGAGUUGAAGCCAUUACCGAGCCAUUUGAAGUAGGUGUACUUGGGAGAGAAUGAGACACUGUCAGUAAUUGGGUCGAAGAAGUUAACACCCAAUCAAGAAGAGAAACUAGUUUGAAUGUUGCAAGAGCAUAAGGAAGCGAUUGGCUGGACCAUAGCUGACAUUAAGGGGAUUAGUCCUUCCAUAUGCAUGCAUCGGAUUCUGUUAGAAGAAGGAGCCAAACCGAAACGAGAAGCGCAACGAAGAUUAAAUACCCCAAUGAUGGAUGUGGUGAAAAAAGAAGUCCUAAAGCUUUUAGAUGGGGUAAUUUAUCCAAUUUUCGACAGUAAGUGGGUAAGUCCAGUACAAGUUGUCCCCAAGAAAUCUGGUGUUACAGUGGUGAAAAAUCAAGACAAUGAGUUAGUCCCUACACGUAUUCAGACAGGCUGGCGCGUGCGCAUUGAUUACAGGAAGUUGAACUCAACAACUCGAAAAGAUCACUUUCCACUUCCCUUUAUUGAUCAAAUGCUUGAGAGGUUAGCUGGUCAUAUUUAUUACUGUUUUCUUAAUGGAUUUUCAGGGUAUAACCAGAUUGUCAUAGUGCCAGAAGAUCAAGAGAAGACGACAUUCACUUGUCCAUUUGGUACUUUCGCCUACCGUCGAAUGCCGUUUGGUCUUUGCAACGCUCUAGCCACUUUUCAGCGAUGUAUGGUAAGUAUCUUUUCAGAAUAUGUCGAGUCAAUCAUAGAGGUUUUUAUGGAUGAUUUUAGUGUCUAUGGUGAUUCAUUUGAUAAGUGCUUACAUAACCUAUCUAAGGGAAUAGAGGUUGAUAAGUCUAAGAUAGAUUUGGUUACAGCUUUGCCUUACCCCGCCAUUGUGCGGGAAGUUCGAUCUUUUCUUGGCCAUGUAGGUUUCUAUAGGAGAUUUAUCAAGGACUUUUCCAAAAUUGCAUCGCCCCUAUGCAGAUUGUUACAAAAAGAUGUGGAUUUUCAGUUUGAUGAGUAGUGCAAGGAGGCAUUUGACAAGCAAAACAUUGUUACGAUAGCACCAGUGAUACAACCACCUAAUUGGGAGCUACCUUUCCAAAUUAUGUGUGAUGCAAGCAAUUUUGCAUUAGGUGCUGUUUUGGGUCAACGAGUUGGCAGAGCGUGUCACGCCAUUUAUUAUGCAUCCAAGACCUUGAAUGGCGCCCAUCUAAAUUAUUCUACGACUGAAAAAGAACUUUUAUCUAUUGUUUUUGCUUUAGAGAAAUUUCGGUCAUAUUUGUUGGGUGCUAAAGUCAUUGUUUUUUCUGAUCAUGCAGCUCUUAGGUACUUGCUCACAAAGAAGGAGGCAAAACCAAGGCUAAUUAGGUGGAUUCUUCUCCUCCAGGAAUUUGAUUUGGAGAUUAAAGAUAAAAAAGGAGCAGAGAAUGUUGUAGCAGAUCACCUUAGCCGUUUGGUUCGUGGCAGCGAUGAACUUCCUUUGCGAGAAACAUUUCCAGAUGAGCAAUUGUUUUCCAUUGAAAUGGCGUCACCAUGGUAUGCAGAUAUUGUCAAUUUUUUAGUUACUAACGUGUUGCCAAAUGAUUUGACUAGAGCUCAAAAGGACAAGAUCAAGAGUGAUGCUAAGUAUUAUGCUUGGGACGAUCCAUAUUUGUGGAAGCAUUGCGCUGACCAAGUGAUAAGAAGGUGCAUACCUGAACAUGAAUUAUGUGAUAAUUGCCAAAGAAUAGGAAACAUUUCUCGUAGAGAUCAAAUGCCACAAUCUCCCAUAUUUAUUGUUGAAAUUUUUGAUGUUUGGGGCAUUGAUUUUAUGGGUCCAUUUCCUGUUUCCUUUGGUAAUGUUUAUAUUCUGUUAGUUGUUGAUUAUGUUUCCAAAUGGGUGGAGGCGAAAGCCACCAGAACUGACAAUUCAAAGGUUGUUGUAGAUUUUGUUAAAACUAACAUUUUUGUUAGGUUUGGGAUACCAAGGGCCAUCAUCAGUGAUAAGGGCACUCAUUUUUGCAACAGGACAAUAUAGGCAUUGCUUAAGAAAUACCAUGUCACACACAAGGUUUCCACAUCGUACCACCCACAAACUAAUGGCCAAGCGGAGGUGUCAAAUAGAGAGAUCAAGUCAAUUUUGGAAAAGAUAGUGAACCCAAACAGGAAGGAUUGGUCUUUGAGAUUAGACGAUGCAUUAUGGGCAUACAGAACAGCAUAUAAGACACCUAUUGGCAUGUCCCCAUACAGAUUAGAGAUCAGAAAGUCAUGUCAUCUUCAAGUAGAAUUAGAGCACAAGGCUUAUUGGGCAAUCAAGCAUUGCAAUAUGGAGAUGAAGGAAGCCGGCGUUAAUAGGAAGUUGCAAUUGCAAGAACUUGAGGAGUUGAGGAAUGAUGCCUACAAGAGUUCACACAUAUACAAAACAAAGACCAAAGCCUUUCAUGACAAGAUGAUCUCAAGGAAGCAUUUUUCAGUUAGACAGAAAGUCCUUCUUUUUCAUUCAAGGCUGAAGUUAUUUCCGGUAGAAAUACAGAGUUUGAAAACAAACAAGGUGUUUAAGGUCAAUGGACAUAGGUUUAAGCCUUACUAUGAAGGGUUCCAAGUUUACACUAUUGAGGAGUGGGAUUGGAGGAGUCAUACAUGA